GCCCUUAUAAAUACAUUUUGCUGGAGCUGCUGUACUUGAACCCUGUCUUGGGUUCAGGUGUGUGAGUCAGUUUUGGCUGGUGGAAUUCCCUGGAACGCAACAAGGAAAUUUCCUAAAACCCUGGGGAGACAUUCCUACGAAGCAAAUGUAAAAUUCUGGCAACUGAUAGGAGAAUUCCUGGAAAGCAAAGGGAAACCAUCCUAGAAAGUUAAAUAUUCUGGAAAACAAAUGGGAAAUUUUCUGCAAGACAAUGUAGGAAUUUUCUUGAGAGCAGUAGGGGGAAGUAGGAAUUUGUAGAAAGCAAUGGGGGGACUUUCUAUAGGGAGGAUAGCGUAGAGAGACAGGGAGAGAAAUUCUAGAAAGCAAGGAGGAAAUUUCCUCAAAUACCUAGAAAAUUUCUGAAAAGUAACUAAUAAUUCCUAGAGGGUAAAUUUCUGAGAAAGUGAAGGAGAAAUUGGUGGAAAGCAAAAGGGAAAUUCCGGGGAGAGGAAGAAUGAUAUUAUUUCAGAAAUAAUUUCUUGCUUCCCAGGGAGUAAGUCUCAUGGGGGAAUUUCCUAGGAAAGCACUGGAGAUCCUCUAAGCAGAGGGGAAAAUCCUGGAAAGCAAUGGAGGACUCUAGAGAGCAACAAGGACAUUUCCCAGGAAACAAGGAAGAAAUAGCCUUCAAAGUGACUGGGAAAUUUCAUGGGAAACAGUGGGGUUUUGUUUAGGAAGGAAGCUGAAGAUUUCCUGGAAAACAAAAGGCAAUGUUCUGGAAAAACAUGUAGGAGUGCCUAGUAAGCAGCAGGGAGAAGUUCCUGGAAAGAAGAGGAAAUUUCCUCAAAAGCAGCACAGUGGGAAAAGAGGCAGCAGCAACUCCGUGUUUCAGCCCCACUGACCCCCACUCUGAUCCUUGGGUAAUGAACUCGAAAAACAUCUCAGGGGAUUUGAGUGGUUUUUGCUGCUUCCCGCAGAGCUCCAGGGGGCUCAGGGGAGAGCCGGGAGGGCGCUGGGGCUGCCCCUGACCUGCCUCCUGUCAUGGGUAUGGAUGAGCUGUUUCGCCUCUGCUUCAAUGUCGAGCGUUGCACUCCGGGCCUUGGCCUUUAAUUGCGUUUUAUUUCUUGACAGCCUUAGCUGCAGCCGAGGCAGCCCGGGAGAAGAAGGGUUAAAAUAACAGAAAAUCGCCCGGGGAUUCCCAGCCCUGUGCCCAGGCGCGCCCCGGGAAAACCCGGCGGGAGCGGGUGCGGCUGAGCCCCAGGGCUCUGUUUGCCCCAAGCUCACGUUUUAAGUCCGGUUUAUUUAUUUUAAAUAUGGUUAGUUUGGGGAGGGGGUUGCGCGGGGCUGCGCAGCAGCAUCUCCGGGGGCAGGACCGGGCUGGAGCAUCCCCCGGGCACCCGCGGGAGCGGCGGGACACACACGCACACACCCCCACAUACCCUCCCCUCGGGAGCGGCGGCACUUUCACUUUCGGAAGGGACACGUGAUUUCCAGGAAAACGGGAGUAGGCGGAUAAAGGACCGGGCGGGAAGCGGCCGCCCCCCGCACCGAGGUCGCCGCCCGUCCCGUCGCAGCAGCUCGGCGGAGCCCGCACUAUGGCAGCGCUGGAGAACGAGGGGGAGGCCCAGAGGCUGCGUUUCGUCCCGUGGCUCCUGAACGCCAUCAACAGCGGGAACUACCGCGGGCUGCGCUGGCUCGACCGCGAGCGCACCACCUUCCGCGUCCCCUGGAAGCACAACGCCAGGAAGGACAUCACCAGCAGCGACCUGGAGGUCUUCAAGGCCUGGGCAAAGGUGGGUGGGCGGUAUGAGGAGUCAUCUGAGGACCCGGUCAAGUGGAAGACCAACUUCCGCUGUGCCCUGAGCAGCACCGGCAUGUUCAAACGGCUGAAGGACAAUUCCAAGUGUGGUGAAGACCCACACAUGGUCUUCACCAUUAACCAAGCCACCCAUCAGCGCAGCACGGAGGGGGAUUUCAGCAGCCCUGAUCCUGCGGUGGACCAGCAGCCAGCACAACAGCAGCUGCAGGUGGAGCUUCACCCCCAAGACAUGGCCCCAGAAAUUGCUCUCCCAGGCAGCACCGACCCCACACAGCCCAUGUCACUGGAGAAGCUGCUGCAGCUGUGUGACAUCUCCCCCCGUGACACUGUCUGCAUGACCCCGUCCUGGGUGCCCACAGGGGACACCCUCAACCCGGACAUCCUGCUCCAGCCUCCCCAGGACAGCCUGCUCCAGCUUUAUGCCGACCCCAGCCAGAACAACUGCUUCCCUCUCCCAGCAUUUCAGCAGGGGGUGCCCACAGUGGAGCAGCCCGCUUUGGGCACCUACAGGCCCCUGAACUUCAUGCCACCAGAGGAGCUAGGAGCCGUGCCACUGCCAUGUCACCUGACAGAGGGCGUGGUCCCCAUGCAGUCACCAGGGGAGGCGAUGUUUUUGGUCCCCGCUGCCAGCCCUGUGCCACAGCCACAGCAGCUGGUGGGUGACACAGGUGCCUUCGUCUCUAACCUGGAUGUCACCAUCUACUACCGGGGAAAGGAGUUCCAUCGGGAGAUCGUGCAGGGCAGCCACUGCCUGCUGACGUACCAGCCCCUCGGUGGCUCACCAGCGGUGGCUCAGGGUCCCUGGCACGUGGUGCACUUCCCCAGCCCCGCCAACAUGGCCGAUAGAAAGCAGUGGCGUAUCACCGAGGAGCUGCUGGGCAAGGUGGGGCUGCAGCUGGAGCAACGUGCCUACAAGGUCUUUGCCACCCGCCGGGAGAAGUGCAAGGUGUUCUGGGCCCUGUCCCAACAGCUCGAAGGUGUCGAGGACCCCCCAUUCAACCUUCUCUGCCGGGAUCAGGAAACCCCUAUUUUUGACUUCAGUGAGUUUAGCACAGAGCUAAGGGACUUCCGCAACGGCCAAAGGCGGCGGUCCCCUGACUUCACCAUCUACCUCUGCUUUGGUCAGGCCUUCUCCAAGGCCAAGCCUAAGGAGGCCAAGCUCAUCCUGGUCAAGGUGAAGGAGCCAACAACCACUGCUGCCCAGGGAAGGGGAGAGACUCAUGAGGGCCAGGGGAGCUGGGACUCUGGGUGUCUGAGGAGGGGGACCCUCGAGUUGGUGCCCAAGUUCUGCGAGUACUGCUAUGAGAUGGUGCUGCAGGAGGGAGCCUCAUCCCUCGACAGCCACACCAUCAGCCUGCAGCUCUCAGACUCCUUCAGUCUCUACGAUCUCAUUGAGCAGUACACCAUGCAGCUGGACUGACCCCCAACCACCACAUGGUCCCUGGGACAGGCAGCAGGACCACUGGGCACUGUGCAAACCGGCACCCCCAGCUCAGGGACAGCUUCACUGACCAAUCCCGGAACUCACAUGUUUCUUUUCUCCUCGGUCAGCUGCUAACGUGUUUUUGUGGGUUGUGAUCAUUUACAGAUUUAUUUUCUUAAUUUUUCCAAGUUUAAAUAUAUGUUCAGAAAAGUA